ACCGAUGUGUUCAACAGUGUGAUGUUGACUGGCUCCACUUCCUUCUAUGAUUGCUACAAAUCGCAGAGUGAAGACAAUGUAGACCUAAGGCAGACCUAUACUCCACUUUCUUCAUCAACAGAAUAUUCAAGUUCUGUAGAUUCUUCACUUUUCUGUGCACCAUGGUCUACUUACAGAGAUGAUAUUAAACAACCUUCUAAUUCUCAGAUCAAUGUAAAGAACAGGAUUCAAACUGAAAGAAAUGACUAUGGCAGUGAAACAGACUUAUAUGGACUUGUGUCUAACAUUUUGGAAGAACAAGAUAAGUCACAGCCAUAUUUUGCUGAAGGGACCUGCUCCUCCAAUUUAAAGUCAGUUUGGCCAAUGAACACAAGCAGAUUUGCAGAUCACCAUGACCUUUUAACAGAAACCAAAAGGCCAAUAGAUACAGCCAUCUCUCAGCAAGCUUUUUAUAGUGGUGAAUCUGUGUCAGCAGUGGAAAAGCAAUACCUGCAUAAUAGUAAUCUCACACCACAACAAAAAUUAGAUGAACUUUAUCAUGGAUUUACUGGUUUAGACCUUGAAGAACAAUGGAUGUACCUUUCACGAAGUGAUCAUUCUAUCUGUUACAAUAUUCAGACAAAUGAUACAGCUAAGACAACAUUCCAAGAAUAUCCAUUUAUCAAAAACUGUUUUACACCACAAACUGGUCUGUCUGACAUCAUAAAAGAAUCAGUAGUUGAUACCUACUCUUAUGGAAGAGAGAAAGUAUGUGCUAAAGGUCUUGAAGCACCAUUACAGCAAAAAAGGGCAGAGAUAUUUCUUUCCCAAUUAAAUAGAUACAAUGAAAAUGCAGAUUAUUGUAGAUACCCAGAAUAUGCUCAUCCUAGUCAGGCUAAGCUUAAUAAAUGUUCAAAUUUUAGUGUCCAAGAUAGUAAAAAAUUAGCCAAUGGCACACCUGAAACACCAACUGUAGAAGCAGACACCUACGCAAAGUUAUUUCAGGUUAAACCAGCAAAUCAGAAAAAAAUGGAGGAGACAAUCCCGGACCAGCAGAACUUCACAUUUCCAAAAACUACACCACAUCUGACAGAAAAACAGUUUGCAAAGGAAGCAGCAUUCACUGCUGAUUUCGGCUUAAAAUCAGAAUAUGGACUAAAACCUCACACAGCUUGUCCAGCCAAUAAUGAUUUUCCUAAUGUCACAGAAAAGCAACAGUUUGCUAAACCUGAUCCCCCAAAUUCUGAGUAUUUUAAAUCAGUGAAUUUAUUAACAAACUCAGCAGCAUCUUCAGGAGGUAUCAAUUUAAACAGACCAACUUGGAUGAAUGUUCAAACGAAAAAUAACACUCCUAUUCCUUAUCGAAAUCAAGGUAACUUGAUGAAAUUAAAUAGUCAUUUAAGUGCAGCUUCAAAAGGUUCUAACCAUUCUUCAGAUUUCCCCCAACUAUCAUCCACAAAUUUAACCCCAAAUAGCAAUUUAUUUCAGAAAUAUUGCCAAGAAAACCCUUCAGCAUUUUCUAGUUUUGAUUUUAGUUACAAUGGUGCAGAAAGAAUUCAAUCUAUCAGUCACAUGGAAGGACUGACAAAAACUGGAGAAGAAAAUCUCUUUGAAUCGGUUACCGAUAAAAAAAUAAAGCAGCCAAAUGGAUUUUGUGAUAACUAUUCAGCUCAACAGUAUGGGAUCAUUGAAAAUGUAAACAAACAUAAUUUUCAAGCCAAGCCCCAGGGUGGACAUUAUGAUCCUGAGGAAGGUCCAAAGCAUUUAGAUGGCUUAUCUCAAAAUACAUAUCAAGAUCUGUUGGAGUCACAGGGUCAUUUUAAUAGCCACAGACAGGGAAGUGGAGACAACAAUAUUAAUAGCCGUGUGAAUCGCACACAGGCGUCAUGCUUUUCUAAUAAUUAUAUGAUGGGAGAUUUAAGGCAUAAUCAGGGUUUUCAACAACUCGGUUCAAAUGGGUUUCCCCUAAGAUCUACCCACCCCUUUGGCCAUUCAGUUGUUCCACUGUUGGAUUCCUAUGAUUUGUUUUCUUAUGAUGACUUAAGCCAUUUAUACCCUUAUUUUAAUGAUAUGAUGUACGGUGAUAAUUCCUUUUCUGGUUUCGUGCCAACUUUUGGAUUUCAAAGACCAAUUAAAACCCGUAGUGGACCAGCCAGUGAACUUCAUAUUCGUCUAGAAGAGUGCUAUGAACAAUGGAGAGCAUUAGAAAAGGAGAGAAAAAAGACUGAAUUAGCCCUUGCCAAGAAUUAUCCAGGAAAAAAAGUAUCUAGUACCAACAACACUCCAAUUCCAAGGCUGACCUCCAACCCAUCUAGAGUUGAUCGCUUAGUUGUGGAUGAACUUCGAGAACAAGCCAGAGUUGUGACUUUACUGGGCAAAAUGGAACGUCUUCGAAGCUCUCCCCUUCAUGCCAAUAUCUCUACUGCUCUUGAUAGACAGUUGGAGUCCAUUCACAUUGUACAGUCACGUAGAAAGGAUGAAAUUGUUAAUGCUUCAAAUCGGCAAAGGCAAGGAGUUCCUAGAUGCCAAGAUGACAGAGAUGUGUUUGCCCUUGCUUCAGCAAUUAAAGAGAUGUGUGUGGCAACUCGGAAAGCACGCACUACCCUGUGGUGUGCACUGCAGAUGACCUUGCCAAAAACAGCCACUACAGCUGGCCAAACUGAUGUGCAAAAAGCUUUACAAGAUAUAGUAAACUGUGAAGACAAAGUCCAUGAAAGCAUAAAUAGUAGCAACCCAGCGAACCAGAGAGGUGAAACAAACAAACAUUAAGGAAAUGCCAGCAGAAAGAAUAAAAGGUUGAAAAGUAAAUGUAUCAAGACAUGCUAAAAAAUUUUAAUGAACUUGUCAAACUUUCAGUAUCUUAAUUUUCUUUCAGAUUUAAAGUUAAUAGCUUAAUGAAGUCUAACUUCUAUUUAAAAAUCUUCUAUUUGGAAUGAAUCACAUACAGUUUAAAGUGAACUCAGCAGUGAAGUUGACUACUCUUGGAGUUCUUAGUAGUUAAAGAUAACAAGGUUUAAGUAAAUUAAAUAUUUCCUAACGGCUAAAAUAUUGCUUUAGACCCAUUCUGCCGUGCAGGUAAAUGCAAAUGUGAAGUUAUUCUAGGAGAUCAGUUUCAUUUAGGUCUGCCUUAGUAAGUAGAAUUCCAAAUAAUGAAUCUAAGUGACUGUAACCCAAUUAUGGCUACAGUCUAGUAACCACAUUGUGAUUGUGAUAUAAAAGUGUUUUCCUUAUAAAACUG